UCUGUGGAGUUCUGGAUGGAAACUCAGACUGGGACCAGGAUAAAUGUUUCUGCUUUACUGAGGGACCAAAACUUGUGAAAAGGACAGUUAAGAAUAAAUAGAAAAGUUUGAGACUUGAGUGAACGGACAGGUCCAAAAAUGAAGAUCAGAGUGGUCCAGAUCUGGGGAUUCCUGAUGACCGUGUUGGGCUGGAUCUUUGUGGCCUGCACUAUGGCCAUGGAGGGCUGGAAGAUCUCUUCUGUUGGUGGUAUGGGAGGCUCAUCCAUCAUUAAGGUGGCCUGGCACUGGUCCAGCUUAUGGAGAUCCUGUUUUACAGAUUCAACCGCCAUCACCAACUGUUACGAUUUCCCCGUGCUCUGGUCUGUGGAGGGUCACAUUCAAAUAGUGCGCGGCCUUCUGAUGGGGGCUCUCUCCGUGGGCAUGCUGGGGUUUAUACUCAGCCUGUUGGGUAUGGAAUGCACCUACCUCGGAGGAAAAGACCUGUCCAAGUACAAGAAGAUCUUCACAGGUGGAUGUUGUCACAUCAUCAGUGGUGCACUGUCCUCAUCUGGAUAUGGUGUUUAUGCACAGUAUGUCUCUAUWGAUUACUUCAACCCUAACUUCACUGGACUCAAGUACGACCUCGGCACGCCUCUCUUCCUUGGUUGGGUGGGCUCAGCCUUCCACAUGGCUGGGGGCUUCUUCUAUCUGUGGUCGGUGUGUAAAUUGCUGUGUGGAGGAAACAAUACGGUCAUUGUUCAAGCACAACUGGACCCAGAACAGAACCGGCCCACUGAAUCCCCUUCAGACGAAUCAGAUGCAACCUCAAAAACCAAAAUGUCUUCCAUCUCUGAGCUGUCGUCCAGGUCUGAGCGUUCAGACGUGUCCUCCAUAAUUGCACGCACCUCUAAAUCUGGACCCACAGCCCGGUCGGGACGCUCAUCAGCUGGAUCUUCAGGAUCAAGAACAACAUCAGGUUCUGGGUCACGGUCCAGCACGUUUUCAAGGUCCAGCCUCUCAGUUCUGUCAGAAUCUCGAAGCAGCAGCAGUAUGAGCAGCAGCAGCGGGCGUACGGUGUCUUCGAUGUCAAGCAGCCUGAUUGGUGAAACAACGCCAUUCAUCAAAAACACCUACAUUUGAACUGAUGGGAUUAAAGGACAUUAAAGGGAUAGUUCAGGUUU